AUGCUUCGCUACACUGUUCCUUUACACCCCCUCUCCUUGGCAGCACUGCUCUCGCUCUCCCUCUGCUGCGCAGCGGGCGGCGCCGUGCGGCGAGAGCUGCUGGAUGCGAGCGACGGCCUCCUGACCCAAACGGUCAGCACCACCACGGGCAGCAGCGGCAGCACGGACCCUAACGAAAAUCUCGUUAUUGGAGAUGUAAGCACCGUCUCCGAGAGCAGCAGCAGCAGCAGCGGCAGCAGCAGCAGCGCUGGCAGCACCUCGAGCUCCAUCAGUGGGGGGAGCACCGGGAGCGCUGGCGGCACUGGGGGCAGCACCUCUGGGAGCAGCACUGGGAGUACUACCGGCGGAUUACUGGAGAACUGCAUAUUUUGUCUAGUCAUUGAUAAACCCAUGCGAUGUGAGUCAUGCACAUCCACAUCCACAUGCACAUGCACAUGCACAUGCACAUACACAUCCACACGCACAUCCACAUCCACACGCACAUCCACAUACACACGCACAUCCACAUGCAUCAAUCCCGACCACCUCGUGUCUCCUUCUGCAGAACAUUCGCUCCCAGCGCCUGUCUUCUCCAAGUCCUCCUACCGCACCAACGCAGGGGAGGUCCUGGCAGAGUUUGGGUGCACGCCCAAGCCCACCAGCACGCUGGGCACCUACCGUUGCACGUCCACUACUGUCGCCAACCUCUCGGUGCCGUUCAGGCCGGUGAGCAGGGUGUUUGCACUGGUGAAUGCGGGGUUCUUCUUCAGCCCCGACGCCUUCUACUCCACCAUCAAAGUGAACGGCGUGAGGCUGCGUGGUAACAUCACCGCCUCUUUUGUUUAUCCUGAUGAAUUGUGA